AGACACUAACAUUCCCAUCAUGUACCCUGCACCCUGAGUCUCUUCCCUGCCUCUUCUCCAGCCCUCUCAGCCUGUGACUGUGACAGCAAGCCCACUGCUGGACUGGAGGUCCCUGACCAGUCAGAGAAAGACCUCCAGGAGCUCCAUGGGGCUUCCCGGGUGUCUCCUGUUCAUGGCUGGACAGUGCAACUACAGAAGCGUGGCUGCCAGUGCUGGAACUAGGAUCACAAGGAUCCCCAUUCUCCUGGCAUGGUUGUGGGCUUCCCUGACAGGAUUCCUGGUGGCAGGUAAUCUUGAGCUGCGGCUGGUGAAUGGCCCUGAUCGCUGCACUGGCCGGCUGGAGGUGCUUCAUGACAACAUCUGGGGCACUGUGUGUGAUGAUGGCUGGGAUUUAGCUGAAGCCCAAGUCGUGUGCAAAGAGCUGCACUGUGGCAUGGCACUAUCAGCCUCUGGUGGGGCUCGGUAUGGACGUGGUUCCGACCCCAUCUGGCUGGAUGAGGUGAACUGCACUGGGACAGAAGCUGCCCUCUUUAAAUGCAAGGCCAGUCCUUGGGGAAAGAAUAACUGUAAUCAUGGAGAAGAUGCUGGUGUGGUGUGCUCAGGUUUGCCUCUUUCAAAUGUGACUGAGCUUCGACUGGUGAAUGGCCCCAGUCCCUGCGCUGGGAGAGUUGAGGUGCUUCAUGACGAGCAGUGGGGAACUGUGUGCAAUCGCAGCUGGGAUUUAAGUGAUGCUGAAGUUGUGUGUAGAGAACUCGGCUGUGGGAAAGUGUUAUCAAUCCCAGCUGGGUCCCAGUAUGGAGAAGGAUCAGACCAUAUUUGGCUAGAUAGUGUUAACUGCACUGGAGGAGAAGCUGCCCUAUCUGAAUGCGGGUCCAAGCGUUGGGGAGACAAUAGCUGUAGUCAUGGAGAAGAUGCCAGCGUGGCGUGCUCAGAGCCAACCGAGAUUCAGCUGGUGAAUGGCCCGAGUCGCUGUGCUGGAAGAGUUGAAGUGCAUCAUAAUCAUCAGUGGGGAACUGUGUGUGAUCAUAACUGGGACUUGAAUGAUGCUGAAGUUGUGUGCAGGCAGCUGGGCUGUGGGACGGCAGAGUUUGCCCCAAAGGCAGCUUACUUUGGGCAAUCAUCCAAUCCCAUCUGGCUGGAUGGGGUGAACUGCAUGGGAACAGAGGCUGCUCUCUCUGAAUGCAGCAUCAAGCUUUGGGGAAACCAUAGCUGCUACGAUGGAGAAGAGGCCGGUGUUGUAUGUUCAGAGCCACCUCCACUCCGGCUGGUGAAUGGCUCGAGCCGCUGUGCUGGCAGAGUGGAAGUGCUCCAUGACCAGCAGUGGGGAAGCGUGUGCGACAAUGGCUGGGAUACAGAGGACGCCACAGUGGUGUGCAGGCAGCUGGGCUGUGGGACGGUGGUAUCAGCCCCAGGCUCGGCUUGGUUUGGGCGGGGACAUGACCCCAUCUGGCUGGAAAACGUGAAUUGUACAGGAAUGGAGGCUGCCCUGCCUGAAUGCAGAGCUAAGCCCUGGGGAGACCAUGACUGUCACCACGGAGAGGAUGCUGGAGUUGUGUGCCUAGGGCCAACGGAUCUCCGUCUUGUGGGUGGCUAUAGUCGCUGCUCUGGGAGAGUUGAAGUGCUUCAUAAUCAGCAGUGGGGAACUGUUUGUAAUAACAUGUGGGAUUUAAUGGAUGCUGAAGUCGUGUGCAGGCAGGUAGGAUGUGGGACACCACUAGCAGCUCGCUUCGGAGAGCCCGUUGAAAAAGAACCUGGCCCUGUGUGGCUGGAUGAAGUUAAGUGCACGGGGACAGAAGCUGCCCUCUCUGGCUGCAGUGCCAAGCACUGGGGAGUCGACUACUGUCACUAUGAACAUGCUGGUGUGUUGUGCUCAGAGCCUACUGAGGUCCGGCUGGUGGACGGCCCCAGUCGCUGUGCUGGCAGAGUGGAGGUGCUUCAUAAGGAGCGGUGGGGAAGCGUGUGUGAUGAUGGCUGGGACUUUCAGGAUGCCAAAGUGGUGUGCCGGCAGCUGGGCUGUGGGAUGCCUUUAUCAGCCCCAGGCAAGGCUCACUAUAGACAAGGCCGUGAACCCACUUGGUUGGAUGAUGUGAACUGCACUGGGACAGAAAAUACCCUCUAUGACUGCAAGGCCAGGCCGUGGGGUGAGAAUAACUGUAACCACAGAGAAGACGCCAGUGUGAUUUGCUCAGAUCCAAUGGAAGUUCGGCUGGUGAAUGGUUCCAGUUUCUGCAAUGGGAGAGUUGAAGUGCUCCAUGCCCAGCAGUGGGGAACCAUGUGUGCUCAUGGCUGGGACAUCCAUGAUGCUGAAGUUGUGUGCCGGCAGCUGGGCUGUGGCAGACCUUUAUCAGCCCCUGCUGUAGCAGAGUUUGGACAAGGAUCUGGCCGUACCUGGGUGGAAGAUGCUAACUGCUUGGGAAUCGAAAGCACCCUCUCUGAAUGCAGGGUUAAACUUGUGGGAAAGAGCAGCUGUGACCAUGGAGAAGAUGCCAGUGUGGUGUGCUCAGAUCCAACUCCAAUUCGGCUGGUGAAUGGCCAUCAUCGCUGCGCUGGAAGAGUAGAGGUGCUUCAUGAUCAGCAGUGGGGAACCAUAUGUGAUGAUGGCUGGGGCUUGCUAAAUGCCAGGGUUGUGUGCAGGCAGCUGGGCUGUGGGAGGGCAUUAUCAGCGCCAGGUGGGGCUUACUUUGGACAAGGAUCUGACCCCAUUUGGCUGGAUGACGUAGACUGCUCAGGGAAAGAAACUGCCCUCUUCGAAUGCACAAGAAAGCCUUGGGGAGAACAGAACUGUGACCAUAGAGAAGAUGCCAGCGUUGUGUGCAAAGAAUCACCUCUGCUCCGGCUGAUGAAUGGCUCAAGUCGCUGCUCUGGGAGAUUCGAGGUGUUUCACAAUGAGCAGUGGGGAACUGUCUGUGACAAAACCUGGGACUUACAGGAUGCUGCAGUGGUGUGCAGAGAUCUGGGCUGUGGAAUGGUGGUAUCAGCACCAGGCUCUGCUUACUUUGGACAAGGAUCUGACCGCAUCUGGCUGGAUGACGUGAACUGCACGGGGACAGAAGCUGCCUUCUCUGAGUGCAGGGUCAGGCUUUGGGGAGAAAAGAAUUGUCACCAUGGGGAAGAUGCUGGUGUGGUGUGCACAGACCCAGUUGAGAUUCGACUGGUGAACACCUCAGGUCACUGUGCUGGGACAGUCGAGGUGUUCCAUGACAAGGAGUGGGGAACCGUGUGUGAUGACGACUGGGAUAUACAUGAUGCCAACGUAGUGUGCAGACAGCUGGGCUGUGGGACAGCAUUAGCGGCCAUACGCACCUCCAAUUUUGGGCAUGGAUCUGGCCCCAUAUGGCUGGAUGAUGUGAACUGUACUGGGACAGAAGCUGCAAUCUCCAAAUGCAGAGCCAUAUCAUGGGGUGAGCAUAACUGUCACCAUGAAGAAGAUGCUGGUGUAGUGUGCUCAGAGCUGGCAGAGCUCCGUCUGGUGAACGGUUCCCAUCGCUGUGCGGGCAGGGUCGAGGUGCUUCAUGACCAGCAGUGGGGAACAGUGUGUGAUGACAGCUGGGACUUGCAUGAUGCUGGAGUGGUAUGCAGGCAGCUGCGUUGUGGGACGGUGUUAUCAGCCCCUGGGGGAGCUCACUUUGGACGUGGACAUGACCCCAUCUGGCUGGAUGAAGUGGCUUGCACAGGAACAGAAGCUGUUCUCUCUGAAUGUAGAGCUAAGCCCUUGGGAGAUCAUAAUUGUCAGCAUGGCGAAGAUGCAAGUGUUGUGUGCUUGGAGCUGCCUGUGGUCCGGCUGGUGAAUGGCUCAAGUGACUGUGCUGGGAGAGUCGAGGUGUUUCACGGCAGCCUGUGGGGAACUGUGUGCGAUGAUGGCUGGGACUUAAAUGAUGCUGAUGUGGUGUGCAGGGAGCUCGGCUGCAGGACAGCAGUCUUAGCCCCAGGCUAUGCUCACUUUGGGGAAGGUUCUGGCGUGAUCUGGCUAGAUCAUCUGAACUGCACAGGAAAAGAAACUUCCCUCUCUGAGUGUGGGUCCAAACCUUGGGGAGAACAUUUCUGUUACCAUAGGGAAGAUGCCAGUGUGGUGUGCUCAGGCCCUCUUGAGCUUCGACUAGUGAAUGGCUCAAAUCGUUGCGCUGGGAGAGUCGAGGUGCUCCAUAACCAGAAGUGGGGAACUGUGUGUGGUGAUGACGACUGGGACUUGCUGGAUGCUGGAGUAGUGUGCAGGCAGCUGGGAUGUGGAACUCCUUUAUCGGCCCCUCGGGGUUCUCAUUUUGGACAUGGAUAUGACCCCAUCUGGCUAGAUGAAGUGAGCUGCAUAGGGACAGAAGCAGCCCUCACUGAUUGCAAGUUUAAACCUUGGGGAGACCAUAAUUGUCACCAUGGAAAAGCUGCCAGUGUGGUGUGCUCAGAGCCAGCAGAGCUCCGGCUGGUGAACGGUUCCCAUCGCUGUGCUGGCAGGGUUGAAGUGCUUUAUGACCAGCAGUGGGGAACAGUGUGUGAUGACAGCUGGGACUUGCAGGAUGCUGGAGUGGUGUGCAGGCAGCUAGGCUGUGGGACAGUGUUAUUGGCCCCUGGGGAUGCUCACUUUGGACGUGGACAUGACCCCAUCUGGCUGGCUGAGGUGAACUGCACGGGGACAGAAGCUGCCCUCUCUGAAUGCAGGGCUACACCUUGGAGAUAUCAUAAUUGUCAGCAUGGAAAAGAUGCCAGUGUUGUGUGCUCAGAACCUGUUCCUGCUAACUCCUAUCUGCCACUGCUGCUGUUGGGCCUGGCCGUAGGCACUGUACUGCUCUGUGUGGCUGUCAUAUUCCUGAGGAGGAGGAGGAGGAGGAAGCAGCAGCAGGAUGGAACUCUUGGGCACUUCCUGGACCAUGUGGACCUGGGGGAGUUGAAGACCCGACAGGCCAUAGCCCAGACCCCAUUCCAGGAUACAGCAUGCGUGGCAAAACAAGAAGAGCUCUCUGAGGAUGCUGGCAGUGACACAACAUGGCUGAUGAGAGAAGAAGCUGCACUGUAGAAGCUGCACUCUGAUGGGGCCUAGGCAAGUCAGAGAUGGGCCAGAUGAAGCUUCCCUUGGAGACCAGACAGCACACAUCGGUGAGACUCUUCUGACUGACCCAGACAGAUGCAAGCAGCCAGUGUUUGUUGGGAAUAAAACCUCCAGGAUGGAGUCA